UUCAGGUAUUCUCAGGUAUAAGAGCAUGUGUGUUUUUAUUUUCCAUGCUGGUUGCUGGUGAUUAAUUUUUAUACAAUUUAAAGUUUGUUAAAUUUUCAUAUUCUUGAGGCCGUGGCUGCUUUCAGUGAGUGAAACGUAAAUUAAUAUUAGUGAGGCAGAAAUCUGGAGCUUUCUGCUCAGAAAGCUCCAGAUUUCUGGAAAUGCUAACCAAUGCUCUGUUUGUGUCUUUUAGGUCGCUAUCAAACACAUUCCAAGGAGUAAUGUCCACUGCAAAGUAAAGGUCAGUAUGCAACACUUAAAUCUGUUAUACAUCAUUGCACUGUGGAACGAUUGUCUGUUCCUCAUCAUCCACUUUGUUGCCAUGUUUCAGGAUGAGAAUGGGAAGCGCAUCUCUGUGGAAGUGGCUACUAUGCUCAAACUUACACCUGAAACACCACGAUCAGGGAGGACAUCAGCAGCCGUGUCCUUGCUGGAUUGGUUCGAUUUGCGCAAGGAGCUGAUCCUGGUGAUGGAGAGACCUGUCCCUGCUGUGGACCUAUGGGAAUACAUCGAGGAAAAUGGAGGUACUUUAACAGAGGAGACAGCCAAGGCCAUUCUAAAACAACUGAUUGAGGCUGCAAAAGAACUCGAGGAUAAAAACAUCUUUCACCGGGACAUCAAGAUUGAGAACAUUCUGAUUGAGACCGGCUCAGAUGUGCCUCGUGUUCGCCUAAUUGACUUUGGAAUGAGCUGCUUUUUUAAGAAACGCUCAUGGUACCGCAUUUUUUCUGGCACACCUUCUUACUGCCCUCCAGAAUGGUACCUCCGCCAGUACUAUAGGCCUGGACCCACCACAGUGUGGCAGCUGGGAGCGGUGUUGUAUGAAACACUCCAUGCAAGACCCUUCUUUGAUACAAUACUGGUCCUCAACGAGCUCUUAGAAAUUAGCGAGGAGCUGUCUGAAAACUGCCAGGAUUUCUUGAAAAUGUGUUUAGACCUGGACCCCAAAAGGCGCCCGAUACUGGAGGACCUCCUGCUUCACCGCUGGUUCAGGUGAACGGCCAUACAUAUAGACAACAAAAUGUUUUUGACAGAAAAAGAUUGAUGCUAUUUAAUUGGACUAGUCUAAAUUUCACUCAAAUUGCCCAGUACCAGUCAAAAGUUUAAACUGGGACUUUACAUCAAUCGUCAUUUUCUGUCCUGGAACUCUUGUAACCCCCCAGCCAUCCAGGGAAAGGGGGAUCUCUCUUUGAAUUGCCUUUCCCGAGGUUUCUUCCUAUCAGUCAGGGGAGUUUUUCCUCGUCUUCAGAGAGAGCUUGGGCUGGUCAGGAGUUCCAUCAAGUUAUUCUACUGAUUUAUUAAUGUUAUUUGAUUAUUAAUAUUAUUUGAUUAUUAAUAACCGAAUGUUGGCUCUGGUUAUUAAUAAUCAAUUAACAAAUAAACUGUAGA